AUAGCUGCGCGACGGCGCAGUAGCUUCCCGCCGUCCCCCGUACGUCAGUCGCGCUCUGUUCGGUUUGCUGUGCGUAGAUAAAUUAUUUUGUUUAAAAGUUACCGUGAACUUUCAAUUUACUGCUGACAUUUUGUGAACAAUAUAAGUAUUUACGUGUGACUGUAUGUGAAAAACGAUAUUCAUAUGGAUUAAGUGACGAUGUUACCUCCUACGGCCGGUAUAGCACAAGAACAGCGCGACCGGCCCGAUAUGGCGGUAUUCCAGCAACGCCGCGACGUCAGAGAAUUAACCCGAGAAAUUAUCAGAGAGGCUCGAGUAUCAAAUAGACAGCAAUCCAUGUCGCCUGGAGCACGAGACCGUUUCCCGUCCACCUCGUCGACGGACGACAAUGAAAGCGGCACAGAUGGCGAAGCAGACCGGUCUCGCCGCACGAGCAUGACACACGGGAUGCCGACUCCCCCGCCUGGCAUCAUCACGGUGCGCAAGCGCCGCGGGAACCUGCCCAAGCACUCAGUGAAGAUACUGAAGCGUUGGCUGUACGAUCACAGAUACAAUGCGUACCCCAGUGACGCGGAGAAGCUCACGCUCAGCCAAGAGGCUAAUCUUACUGUUUUACAAGUAUGCAACUGGUUUAUCAACGCGCGGCGGCGCAUUCUGCCCGAGAUGAUCAGGCGGGAGGGCCACGACCCGUUACACUAUACGAUAUCACGGCGCGGCCGCAAGCAGCCCGCCGCCUCGGGCAGUGGCUCCGGCAGCGGCGUGGUCGUCACAUCUUGGGAGGGCAUCGAGGUUGAGAACGAGCAAGACCGCAGCGCAGAGCACGAGUACAGCGACGGACUACUGGUGUACCGCAGCGACGGAGAUGACAUAGCAGACGGCGAGGAAGGCUACUCGUCAAGCGCGAUCAGCGAGGAGGAGGUCAAAUACGACCCCUCCGUGUGGCAGUCCGUCAUACGCUACGGGCCGGAGGACAGAGAGCUGCAUCCAGCCGCUAGGGGUGUUAUGUUGGGUGGUAGCACGGCGGCCGUGGUGACGGUGCGUACGUCUGAGUCGGAGGAGGCGGAGGCGGGCGAGGCGGGCGAGGGCGGCGCGGCCGGCGGCUGGCACCCGCAGCUCGCGCACCUGCCGCAGCUGCCGCACCCGCUGCACCCGCUGCGGCGCCGCCUGCAGGUGGUGCCCGCAGGCAGUGCAGCUGCGUCGGCGGCUACAGGGGCGGAGGGCGAGCGCGACAAGUUCAAGUGCCUGUACCUGCUGGUCGAGACCGCUGUCGCCGUGCGCCAGCGCGAGAAGGAGGCCGAGGAAGUGCCUGUCUAGUGACCGAUUAACCGGAACAUCUCGGCAGGUGUGUUGAGUGUGAACCAGCCACACGGAUACGGUACAUGGCUAUGACUAAACUAUUCUAUACUUCCAUUAAUUACUCUAGGCUUGCACCGUCGCGUAUUAUAAACGUGGACGAUAUUGUAGCGAUUGUCGCUUUAUGUCACGUAACUGUGCGAGGUCGCCGUAACACCGCACGCUGUUGUACGCAGCCGCGUAGCAUUUAGUGAGUAAUAAUUGUAAUAUUUAUUCCUCACCUCGAUUGGUAACACGUAACAUAGUCUACUAAGUGCUAUAUUACACUAUCAAACGUAUAGGGUCAAUUUAUAAAGCAAUUUAUACACGUUGAGUUCCACGCCGAUUUUCGAAGAAGUCCCCCGCCACAGGCCAUGCGCGCUGCUCGAAACGCUGGUAUUGUAGGGAACCGUUUUUAUGUUUUAAUUAAAUCCAUUGAUCCUGUAAAGAGUCGAAAUGAAGUAUAUUUUAAAUAAAUUUUCUGUAAUUCCUUAAAACAGUGUAAAUUUUAUAGUUCUGUAUCAUGUUAUCCACAUCGAUGGCUGACACUGUAUAACAUAAAUUAACGAAAAAAGGAGAGUAGGGUUUUUAAGGAGUAUGUAUUUAUGAGUUAUACAUGAUGGUUUUAUAAAUGGAACGUUUUAUUCGUGUUGAUUGUAGCAGUGCUAUAUAUAAUAUAUUAUAUUAUAUAUAAUACCAUAUUGGGCAUGUAUU